UCCGUGUCGUAGCGACACUACACGUUCAAGAUGAAUCAAGAAUACGCGUCGUUUGGUUACCGGUACCGUUAUUGCUGCUUGGAACUAAUAUUUUUUUCCAUAUUUUCUAUAGAAUCGUCUUAAGUUUUUCAGACGGCAAACAUAAUUCUGAUGUUUCUAAAUAUUUUGGUGCCAAUGAACUGUCAGUGAUACAGUCAUCGUCUAUUGUUUAUGAAAUUAAUGAAGUUCUAUGUCACAAGUCUUCACGCUUUUAUUGCGACACCACGCAGCGAAUACGCCAUCUCGUUUCUGAUCGUUACAGGAAAAUGAGUGAAUAUAAACAACGUUAAGGUUACUUUAGUCAAAAUUUAUAAAGAUGCAGUGGCCAUCCUUCACUCUUAUACUGAUCAAAAUAUUUUUAGCUUAUAUUGUUUAUUCGAUUUAUGAUUUGUCUUUGUUGUUUGUGGCACCAGUUUGUGAAGAAAACAAACCAUGUUUAGUAUCGUAUUUAAAUCAAAAGCCGCAAUUGCAACUUCAGGUUUACAGUUCUGUUGACAAAAACCCUGCAGAAUAUCAGACAGAUUUUGUUUAUGGUAAUAAAAAUUUCAAUUAUACACAGACAGCUGAUUUUCCUGUAACUCUGAACAUUCGACGUCCAACAAGAAACAAUGGAACACUCUUUCUUCAUGUUAUUAUCGCACCCGGUUCUAAAACAUUUGGGAAAAACAUUAUGGAUGCACGAAAAGAUUCGUACGUAUCUUAUACGAGUAUCAAGAUGACGGAAUACAUGGUACCCGAGGCAGAAACUUUUAGUUUACUGGGUGAAAAGAAAUCUGAUACGAGGAAGGAGAAAAAAAUUCUGAUGCAACCUGUCACUUUUGUUAGAAGUCAUGCGACGUUUACAAUAAUGACAGACGAUAUAAAACUUCCGGUGACUAAUGUACCGAUGGAGCUUGUAAAUCAUUUAAAAAUUAUACACGGUAGAACAUUUCUACCUAUAGUCAAAUGUGAUUUCCUGCAAAGCAGACAUCGUGAUUUGGUGAGAAUCAUGCCUCAAAAUGAUACAAUUAAUAUUACUUUGCAUUAUUCUCCAAUUUCCCUAGGAAAGUUAAGAUUAAUGUUACAAGUAGAAACUACUAUGCAAAGUAUAAAAAAUCUUGGAUUUUCUGAUAAGGAUAUAGACGAAGUAAAAGGAAUUUUUGUAGACACUAAUAUGUACAUCUUAGGAGGAACUUUCUUUAUCGCGGCCAUUCAUGUGCUGUUUGACUUUCUUGCCUUCAAAAAUGAUGUCAGUUAUUGGAGGAAAAAAGAUAACCUCAUAGGCCUUAGUAAAUGGACCGUCGUGUGGAGAGGAUUUAGCCAAACUGUUAUUUUUCUUUACUUGUUAGACGAAGGUUCCUCUUUACUUGUUCUUAUUCCAACCGGGAUCGGAUCCAUUAUCGAGAUAUGGAAAUUGAAAAAGGUAUUAAACCUUAGGUUCAUCGAGAAUGAUAAAAGUAAUGUGGCUGAAGCUAAAACCAGGCAAUUUGAUGCAGAAAGUAUGCAUUACUUAAGUUAUUUGUUGUAUCCUCUCGUUAUCGGUGGUGCAGUAUAUUCUUUAAUUUAUCAACCUCAUAAAAGUUGGUACUCGUGGAGCAUAAAUUCCUUAGUGAAUGGUGUCUAUGCAUUCGGAUUUUUAUUUAUGCUUCCUCAACUUUUUGUAAAUUAUAAGUUAAAAUCUGUGGCCCAUUUACCAUGGAGAACGUUUAUGUACAAAGCAUUUAAUACGUUUAUCGACGACGUUUUCGCAUUUAUAAUCUCUACGCCGACCGCGCAUAGAAUAGCUUGCUUCAGAGAUGACGCUGUUUUUCUCGUUUAUCUAUAUCAGCGAUGGCUAUAUCCAGUAGACAAAUCUCGUCCAGAUGUUGACUGUAUCGGUGAAGAAACUAUUGAUUUUGAUAGUGUGAGCAAAAAGUUGGAUUAAAAUAAAGAUUUAUUUAAUUGAUAUUUA